AUGGUGCGUACUGCCUCUCAGGGCUUAGGCGGUCCUCGAAAGCGAAAGGGGAGAUGGUGCGGUUUACCAGCACGCAAGAGGCAGAGGACCGAGCUUUGCCGCCCGUCUCAUCCGGUGGCAGAGCCUUGGCCAGUGAGCGAUCUGCGAGCUUUUGAUGCCCCAACCGAGGGCCACUGUGAGAUCAACUAUGGCCCCCUUUUGCGAGAGGUCUUGAGGGCACGAGGCUGGCGAUACAGCACCGCACCUUGCCAUGGUGUUUACGAUGAAGACACCGAUUCAAGCACUUUCUAUGUGAAAGAGUUUGAAGCAUGCCUCCAAGGGAAGAGCCCUUGCCAGCUCUUUGGCAAGAGCGGAUCACUUGAGGAUGGGUAUCGCUUGCAGGCCCUUAGGUUGCCCCGCCAUGCUCUCUGGAUGAUGGGCCGGAUGCCUUUUCGGGUUCCGGGCACUGCCAGGGAUCAGUGCCGCUCCAGGGAAGAUUUCGUCCAACUGGUUGUGGAGCACGGAGCGGGACUGCCUGGCAAGCCUGGCAACUACCGGAUUGCCAAGUUUCCGGGGACUGAGCGCAUUCUCUUCAAGACCAACUUCACCAAGGCUUUCAAGGACAAAGCGUGGUAUCCCACCACUUUCGUUCUUCCGGAUGACAGAAAGAGCUUUCUACGAGAAGUUAAUGCCAACAGGAGUGCCCUUUGGAUUGGGAAGCCACGCAACGAGUAUGGGGGUGCCGGCAUCUGCGUGUGGAAGGGCAGCGAUCAAGCUCUGAAGCGGACCAUCCAAGACAUCAAAUCGGGACGCUCCAUCAUGCAGAGAUACCUGGCAGAUCCUCUGCUCCUCGGGGGUUACAAGUUCCACAUGCGCAUCCAUUUGGUCAUCACCAACCUCUCUCCACUGGAGGCUUUCGUGCAGGAAAAUGGGCAAUGCCUCUUUGCAACUAAACCCUAUCGAGUUAGCGAUCAAACUCUGGGAGUGAACUUCGACCCGCCGGUGCAUGUGACCAACAUGGGCCUCAAUGCCACACCCAAAAACAAGGAGAACUUCCUGAAGGAGAAGCCGCUCAUUGGCAAGGGCCAGCAGAUCCGAAUACGUCAGCUCAUCAAUCACCUGACCAGCAUGAACCCCAGCUUUGACAAGACAGCUUUUUGGCAGCAGAUUUUGGAGAUUGCGGCGGACACCGCUAUGUACAUCGGGAAGGCCGUGCAACGCCGAUUCAAAGUCUUGCCAGACCGUCACUUCGAGAUUUUUGGCAUGGACCUCAUGUUGGACAAGAAGUUCAAGGUCUGGAUGUGCGAGGUUAACACUGACCCUGGAAUUGGAUAUCCAGAUAAGGAGGUUCUCGGCAGCCCAAAUCCAGACUACAAGAAGGAGCUCUCGGCCUGUGCAGAAACCUUGCACGACGUGUUUGCGCUUCUUGGCCUGGAUGCUGCGGUGAAACAAACCCAAGGAUCCCUUCGCCACUGGCUCAAGGUUGAUGUAGAGCAGGCCAACAAGAAGUGA